AUAAACCCAAAGAUGUGAAAGUCCUGUCCAAUGAUUCUGUGGUCGAGGGAUCACAGGUUACGUUACGAUGUGAGAGUGCCGGGAAUCCACCUGCAGACACCUACCAGUGGAAGAAGGUGUGUUCCGGGACGGAGAUGAGACUCGAAGGAUCCACACGUGAGCUUCGGAUCCAGGUCUCAAUCGAGGAUGAGUCCUGUGACUAUUAUUGCAGAGCUGGGAAUGUGAUUGGAGGUCAGGAUUCUGAACCCAAACGUUUCCACAUUCAGUCUCAGGGACGGCUAUCCAAGGCGUCAGUCAUUUCAACGGCUUUGAAAGGGGCUCUGUUUCUUUUCACCUCAGUGGCUCUGAUCUGUUUCCUUAAGAACCGCAGGAAUACCAGGAAACCAGCAGAAAAAGCAGAAAGGCCUGUGUCAGAGCAUUUGUAUGAAAUGGUCUCGAUGAGUCGCGGGGGAGUCAAGGUGGAAGAAUCAAUGAAAGCUGCACAAUAAUCCAGG